AAGUAUACUACUGCAAAUAAAAAAUAAAAUAUUUAUAUGAUGUUCAGAGGCCACACUCUUGUGAAAGAAAAAGAAGAGCUAUUUUAAAACAUGAAAACUAGUUCAACAUAACCUCAGUUUCCAUGAAGUGCUUCGGAGAUUUACAAAAUUUGAUUUUCAAGUGAAGUUAUAAAUUUUUGCCAAUAGUUGCUGUUGGUAAUACCAUGAUGUCUUAUACCAGGGGCAGGGGUCGAGGAGUUGCAAAUAGAAAAAACAUUAGUCAAAAUAAAAUGACGUUCAACAACAGUUCUUGUUCAUUUCAUAAUGCAGCAAAAGUACAAAGUAGUAACAAUAAGCAGAGUAGUAUGUCAGUACAACACAAUAUUUUAAAAGUACAACCAAGUAGCAGCAGCAGUAUUAUUAUGAAACAAACCACUUUCUCUGUAGAUAUGGAUUCAGGUAUUCAUACUUGGUUCCAACAAUUGAGAAUAUACUGGGCAAAAUUUAAGAAAGGGCCUCUCAUGCAAGAUAUGCUCUUUAAAUUUUUUGAAAGUUGUGGUAAUCCAUACGAACAUGCUAUAGUUCUUUGUUACAAUUGCUUAGACUUUAGAGAUGCCAAGCCUAAAUCAAUGGCAUAUUUAAUAAUGGAAGAAUUUCAGGAAUGGUGUUUACUAAAUAGAGAAAAUAUAAUUAAUCUUUUAACUUUGGAAUUAAAAUAUUUUGCUUUUGAUGUAAUUAAGAGGCAGCACAAUGUGGGAUUAACCAAACUUGUUAUUCAAAUAUAUGAAAUAGUAAAUGAUUCGCAUAAUUUUUUGGAUGACCUAAGACAUAUGAUUGCAGAGAAACAGUACAAAGAAGCCAGUCAAUGUGCACUACUUUUAGGAUUGCAAAACGAAUUUACAGUUGAAGAUUUUUUAGUGCCAUUGGUUCUUCAGGACAAAUUGGUUGUUGUUGAUGAAUUUUUAAGUAGAAGUCCUAAGCAUCAAAUUGAAUUGAUUUCAUAUUUAGAUGCAAUUCUUGGUAGUUCCUCUAAUGUUAGGACAGCUUUAGAGCCUGUUAUUUUAAAAUUACAAAUUCCCGAAGUAAAAAUGGUAAAGCUUCAUUAUAAACCAUGGAGGAAGCUUAUUGCCCGCCUUUUAAAAAUGUUCAAAAUUCCGAUGGAAUGUGCACCACAUUUAAUUCAAAAACGAAAUAAAGGUGCUUUACAAUUUUUACUUCACAAGCGAUAUGUAGAGGGCAGCUUUAGUGACGAAAGUUGGAAGGAAAUGGUACAUGAGGCAGUUAAAGAUGACGAAACUUUACAGCAAGAGCUGGUAAUACAAGUGUCACUUUAUGGUGAUGUAUCGGAAGCUUUGCGUUGGGCACACUAUUUUAAAGUCGAUCGUUCGUAUUGGCCUCAGUCAGUGCGGCUGUAUCAAGAUGAUCCAAAUGCAGAACGACAUAUAACACAUCAAUUACUAAAUCAAGAAGAUGAAUGUUGGGAUGAUUGGCCUCAAAACAAGCCUGCCACCCAAUAUCAUGAAUUAAAGUUGUCAUCAAGCUGUAUACAUUUAGUAGAUACUCCUACAGCUUUUGAAAAGUUCUUGGAUCAUGGUCUUAAGGAUGUAAAUUUAGUUGGGGUAGAUUGUGAAUGGAAGCCCAGUUUUGGAGUGCAUUUAAACGAAUUAUCGGUAAUGCAGGUUGCAACGCGAGACGCCGUUUUUAUUUUAGAUAUUAUCAAACUUGGUUCGCGAUUGUCUCAUUUAUGGCAAGAAUUCGGCGAAAUUGUGUUCAAUAACUGUGAUAUCUUAAAGUUAGGGUUUGGUUUUUCUGCUGAUUUGGCAAUAAUUAAACAUUCACUUCCAUAUUUAACUACUAUACAUAAUAAAAUUGGUUUUCUCGAUUUGAUGUCUCUCUGGAAACAUAUUGAAAAGAAUUCUGAGUUCAAAUUUCCUUAUGAAGUUGAAGGAGGCGGUCCAAGUUUAUCCACUUUGGUACAGAUGUGUCUAGGGAAACCAUUGGAUAAAUCUGACCAGUUUUCUAAUUGGGAGAAUCGACCUUUAAGAAAAAAUCAACUUACAUAUGCUGCAUUAGAUGCACAUUGCUUAAUUGAAAUUUACGAUGUCAUGAAAAAAUGUUGUGAAAGUGUAGGUUAUCCUUUUCAUGAGAUAUGUUUCCAAAUUAUGUCAUCUGCGAAAGAAAUGAAGAAGAAGCCAAAGAAAAGCUUAACCAAGAAAUUGGUUGAAAAACAAGUGAUUCAGCAGCCUCCUAGUCCUCAUAAUGAGUCUGUGUCUCCCCAGACAGUCAAAAUAGUCUGUGAUACAAUGCUACAAGGUUUAGGAAAGUCGUUACGAAGAUGCGGAAUAGAUACAGCUAUCCUAGAAAACCACGAUGACCACACAGUUUGUGUAAAAAUUGCUCAAACCGAAAAGAGAUACAUUGUAACAAAAGGCCAAACGUUUAACAUGCUGGUCGGUUAUGUUCCUCAAGGUUAUUGUUUAAAAAUUAUUUCUGACGAUAUCGAUGAACAGUUAAGAGAAAUUUUGGAUUAUUACAAAAUAGAAGUAACAAAGGAUGAUAUUUUUAGUAGAUGUCAGAUAUGCAAUAGUAAUUGCUUUGUAAAGUUGUCGAAAUCAACUAUGAAUGCAUUAGCUGAGUCUUUCCAUAAUCCUUGUGUACCGUCAAGGACUUAUUAUGUCGAUGAACAUCUAGAAGAUGAAGCCAGUGGUUUCUCUAGCGAAGAAGAGUAUUGUUAUGAAGAAGGUCAACACCCACCUGUUUCACUAACAAGAAAAUGGGAUUUAUGUUCUGACGAAAAUGUUGACGUUGGUCUUUGUUUAACAAAACUUGGAGCAAAAAUUCAAGUUGAUGCUGUACCACAGCAAAUACUUGAAAAAACUGACUUAUUUUAUGUUUGUGAAAAUUGUGGAAAAGUUUACUGGGAUGGCACCCAUUUUGAAAAAGUUCUUACAAAAAGGCUUCAUGAUAUCGUAAAACUGUAAAUUAAUUAAGACACAAUGAUUUUUUAUGUAUGUAUUAUCUCGCAUGGAGAUUGAGUUUAAACUUUAUGCAAAAGUGAAACUUAUUAUGUUUAUUUAUUCCAUGUUACUAACUUUUUACAUACUCGACGAAAUGCUUAACUGCAAUAUUUUUUAUAAUUAUUAUUAUUGUUGAUAGGUUUUGUAGCCUAAAAAGUUCUUAUUAAUACAUUAUAAUUAAAGAGUGUCAAAUGAAAAUUUCAGAAUA